CUUGACAAAUAUCAGUUACAAUCUUUUAUUUGCUUUCAAGUAUUACUUCUAUUACAAUUUAAGAAAUAUUUACUUGACUAUGUAGUUGUAAUGAAACGUCAAUUGUGUGUUUGAAGUUAUUAUUUUUAAAGAUUUUAUGAAUUUCUGAACUGUAUUCUAGAUCAGGAACAAGUGCGACUGGUUUCUGUUAACGAAGAAAAAACGACUGAAGAUUUAUAUUAAGAAAACUUAAUAGGAAAGUACAUAAUUACAUAUAUACAGCUAAAUAUUCGAAGAGGAACAAGUUAAUCAUAUUUUAGGUUCAAUUUUGUAUCAGAAAAUCGUUCUUCGAUACACGUGUAAUUGUGGAAAAAUUAUGGCCACAUGGGAUGGUUCUGAUUCUAAACCAGACGAUCAAAAUUAUUAUACAUAUUUUAAUGAAAAUAUUACUGGUACUGCAGCAGGAACCUGGACAUUCUUUCCUAAUAAUGUAAAUAAUGAGUAUAUACCAGCUAAUCGCGAAUAUUAUGUACAAAAUGAACCUUUAUUUGAGCAUAAUGACCCAAAUACUUCCUAUCGUACGAACACAGAUGGUUGGUCAAUGUCAUCUGUAGCCAGUAUUUAUCAGAAACAUGUAAUGAGUAUAGUAGAUAACGCUGAAAUGUCAGGCAAUCAAAAAUGCUUUACAAGUACUAUUAAACCUCAACAAAGUUUUGCAUCUAAUAACCAUUGGAAGGAUGAUUACAAUUUAGAAACAAUUGAAACUAAACAUAAUUUGAUAGAAAGAAUAAAGAAAACAGGUAAUUCGAAUCUUCAUGUUACGGCUGAAGAGUUUGUGCCAAAUAACAGAGAAUUGGAUGAUAAAAGAUUUAGAUUACAAAAUACAAGGUCUAUCAAUACUACGGAUGCUUCUAUUAAAGAUAGUAGCGAAACAUUAGACAAACAUACAUUUUAUAAUAAUAGUAGACACGAAAGAAAAUACAAUACUAGGAGAAACUCAAAUUAUAAACCUAAAGAAGGACAACAGGAUAAUCAAUUUCAUAAACGAAAUACAUAUAAAAAUUCGUAUCAACAAGGAAAAGUCUCCAAUAAAUUUCAAGGUAAUAAAUGUUUUACUAACAAAUAUUAUUCAGAUAAAUCACAGGCAGAUGUAAAAGGUAUAGAUGAGAAUGUAUUAGAUAAGGAUACAAUGAAUAAUACAGAUGCCUCUAGUAGUAAAGAAUUUUAUGCAACAAGUUUAAAUAAAAGUGAAUUAUUAUCGAGUAUGGAAAUAAAUUUGAAUAACAAUAAAAGAGCAUUAAACAAGAGGAGUGGUGAAAGUAGUACCGUUAGAGAUGAAGGUUUACAAGAAAAUGAUACAAAGCAUUGUAAUAAUCAGGUUAAGGAAUUCGCUUACUAUGGUUCUGGUUCAAAGCAAUUCCAUAAUAAUCGCAGAAACACAAAGAAGUAUCCGUACAAUAUUAAAUACAACAGAGAAGAAAAUAAUUUUAAAGAAAAGAGACGGAAUUAUCAAGGAUAUAGUAGAGAAAAUUUUAGUAAAGAGCAUAAAUCUAAAGUAAAGGAGCAAAUGUGUAGAAACGGAGAACAUAACGAGCUUCGAGAAUGUUGUAGAGACGAAAUGGGACUUGAAACAAAGGAAAUAAAAGAAAAGAAAUAUAAUUACCAAGGGUUUAAUGAAUCAAAAGAAUAUAACAAGGAAAACAAAAAUGAAAUUUUUAAAGAAAAAGAUAGAAAUAAAGGUUCUGUAUUUGUUGAAAAUAAUGAAAAAGGAAAUGAACAUUGGAAUAACAAAAGAGAAAGCAGCGAAAGAAAUAGUGUUCAAAAAUGGGGAAAAAAUAAAAAAUCUUAUGUUGAUGACGACGCCAAUCAAAGGGAGAGAUUAGCGGAUCAACUAAGUAGGGGGCAAUUAGAAUGUUUAGUAUGUUGUGAAUACAUUAAACAGAAUGAUUAUAUUUGGUCAUGCUCUAAUUGUUACCACGUUCUACAUUUAAAGUGUAUUAAAAAAUGGGCAAAAUCGUCGCAAGUAGAAAAUGGUUGGAGAUGUCCAGCGUGUCAAAAUAUGAGCGAAACGAUUCCUGAAAACUGUUACUGUUUUUGUGGCAAGACAAAAGCACCUGAAUGGAAUCGUAGGGAUGUUGCACAUUCUUGCGGUGAAGUUUGUGGUAGACUACUAUCAAAAAAUUGUACUCACAAAUGUACGCUUCUCUGUCAUCCAGGCUCUUGUCCACCGUGUACAGCAAUGGUAACAAAGUAUUGUGGUUGCGGUAAAACAUUGCAAACAGUCCAGUGCAGCGGCCAUAAAUUAUUGCUCUGUGAUUCUAUAUGUGAUAAAGUCUUAAAUUGUGGUAAGCACAAAUGUGAAAGACAAUGCCACCACGGAGAAUGUGAAAAUUGUAAUAAAACAGUAACGCAAAUAUGUUAUUGCGGUAAAAAUACAAGAGAUGUAACGUGUCAGAGCAAUAUUUCGCUUACAUAUUCUUGCGAGACUACUUGUGGUAAAUUAUUAGAUUGUGGUAAUCAUACUUGUACAAAGUUAUGCCAUGCUGAUGCUUGCGAGUGUUGUUCUUUAACUCCGGAAAAAAUUACAACUUGUUGUUGCGGACAGACGCCAUUAACAGAAAUAAGACAAACUUGCUUAGACCCAGUUCCAGUAUGUGAUAAAGUUUGUUCCAAAAAACUAAAGUGUGGACAACCUAGUAAUCCUCAUAGCUGUAAAGCAAAAUGUCAUCAAGGGGAUUGCCCUAACUGCGACUUAACUACCGAUGUUAAGUGUCGUUGCGGAAAUAUGGACAGAGAAAUAGCUUGUAAAGAUUUAACAUCGAAAGCUGAUGACGCUCGAUGUGAGAAGAAGUGCACAAAAAAACGAUCUUGCGGAAAGCAUAAAUGUAAUCAGUUAUGUUGUAUAGAAAUAGAACAUGUCUGUCCAUUGGUGUGUUCUAAAACCUUAAGUUGCGGUAGACAUAAAUGUGAACAAAGUUGUCAUAAAGGGAGAUGUCAACCUUGUUGGCACAGUAGUUUUGAUGAAUUAUACUGUGAAUGCGGAGCUGCUGUUAUAUAUCCUCCUGUUCCUUGCGGUACGAGAAGACCUGCUUGCGAUAGGCCCUGUUCUCGUCAACACUCUUGCGGCCACGAAGUACUACAUAAUUGUCACAGUGAACCAACCUGCCCUCCUUGCACUGUUCUUACUCAGAGAUGGUGUCACGGUAAACACGAACUUCGAAAAGCUGUUCCAUGUUAUGUUACUGAAAUUUCAUGUGGUUUACCAUGUAAUAAACCUAUAUCGUGCGGUCGGCAUAAAUGUAUCAGUACUUGUCAUACGGGCCCAUGUGAAAAACCAGGACAACAAUGUAUUCAACCUUGCACUACUCCAAGGGAAAUGUGCGGACAUGUUUGUGCAGCUCCCUGUCAUGAGGGUAAAUGCCCAGACACUCCGUGUAAGGAGAUGGUAAAGGUGACAUGUCAAUGUGGACAUAGAUCUAUGUCCCGUGUGUGUGCUGAAAAUUCUAAAGAAUAUCAGAGAAUAGCAAGCAGUAUAUUAGCUAGUAAAAUGACUGAUAUGCAGUUGGGUCAUUCUAUUAAUUUGGACCAAGUAUUCGGCCAAGGUGCAAAGAAGCAAAAUCAGUUGAAAACUUUAGAGUGCAACGAUGAAUGUAAAACGAUAGAACGUAAUAGAAAACUGGCGCUAGGUUUGCAAAUAGUGAAUCCAGAUUUAAGCGGAAAAUUAAUGCCUAAAUAUAGUGAUUUCAUGAAACAGUGGGCUAAGAAAAAUCCGCAGUUUUGUCAAAUGGUUCAUGAUAAAUUAACCGAAUUGGUUCAAUUAGCGAAAACUUCCAAACAGAAGUCUCGUAGUUAUUCUUUUGAUUGUAUGAACAAAGAUAAGCGUCAUUUUGUUCAUGAAUCCUGUGAACAUUUUGGCUGUGAAAGUCAAGCGUAUGAUCAAGAACCAAAAAGAAAUGUCGUAGCUACUGCUGUAAAGGAUAAGUGUUGGUUACCGAGCUAUAGUUUAUUAGAAAUCGUGCAGCGAGAAAAUGGUCAAAGAAAAGUUCCAGGUCCGAUGCUGAAUACCUUAAAAACCGAUGGACCUGUAAAGACAAUAUUAUCACUGCCUACACAGAGGAGCCAAAAAACAGAAAUACAGUCAACCGCGAAGACAGCUGAACCAGAAAUAGAUUACUUUGAUUAUCAUGGUUAAAAUAAUUCUUUAUGUCAUGUACAUACAAGUGUAAGUAACGGAGAUGAUACAGUUAAUGUCGUAAUGAAAAAAAGAAAAAAAAAUAUAUAUAUAUAUAUUAAUGCAAUUGAUCGAUUAAACAUUUUAACGAUCAUUGUAAAAUAUGGAUUCUGUCAUGACGUUACGUUGCAAGUUGUGUAAAUGAUACUUAUUAUAUUAGUGCACUGAACUUGUAUAAAAAUUGUAAAAUUACAAAAAUUAAGAUUUAAC